AACGAGCUCCGUCCCCGUGGCAGCGGAUCAAGGAGGGCAGCGUGAUCGACCGCGUGCCGCUGAUCGGGGUCGGGGAUAUGAUCGAGGCCAUCAAUGGGCGCAGCCUGGUGGGAGCGCGGCACUACGACGUGGCCAGGGCUCUGAAGGAGCUGCCACGGGGGAGAACGUUCGCCCUACAGCUCACCGAGCCCAGAAAGGCCUUCGACAUGAUCAGCCAGCGCACGGCGGGGGGCCGCAGCGGGGGCACAGCACUGGGCAGCGGUCGGGGCACCCUGAGGCUGCGGGCCCAUGGACCCGCCACAGUGGAGGAGCAGCCCAGCGCCUUCGAGGAGCGCGCCAUCGCCAAGGUGGAUGAUCUGCUGGAGAGUUACAUGGGCAUCCGCGACACUGAGCUGGCUGCCACCAUGGUGGAGCUGGGCCGCGAUGCCCGCGACCCCGACGCGCUGGCGCAGGCUCUGGACUCACAGCUCGGAGACUUCGCCUUCCCAGAUGAGUUUGUCUUCGACGUCUGGGGAGCCAUUGGGGACGCCAAGGCAGGGCGCUGCUAAGGGGGGGGGGGGGCACCCCGAAACAACAGGGGACACUCACAGCACCUGGACCCCCCCCCCACCACCACCAGUGGACCCCCAUAAUGCUGGAAGAACAGAAGAACCCCCCCCGUCCCCCUCCCCAAAUUCUGGGUGCCCCUCUUACAACACUACCCACCCGCCACCUCAUUAACACCAGGGGACCCCAUCAGACCACUGGAGCUGCCCCCAUUUCCUGGGACCCUCCCAAAUAUCCUUAGGACCAACACUCCGUGCUGGGACCCUCCCCCCCCCAAUAACGCUCCCCCAAAGGGCUUGAGGACCCCCCCCCCCCUUAAAGAAUAGGUUUGGGUACCCCCAGUCUCAAUAGAAACCCCCUACCUCCCCAAUAGUCUGGGACCAUCACAGUAGACAUUGGGACCAUCUCAAUAUAAAUUGUGAUUCCCCCCCCUCCCCCACACACACACAGUAAUUUGGGAUCUCCCAUGGGAUUUGGGUGCCUCCCCAUUCUCCACAGGAGCCUGACACCCCAUUUAAAUCAUCCUGGGACCCCCCCCUCACCACUCAGACCAACCCAUCACCACUAACCUCUCUCUGCCUCUUCCCCCCCACCAUUAUUUGAGUGUGGGACCAUUCCUGAGCACUGUCCCUCUCUCCUGACACUUCAGGGUGAGGAAUGAGGGUCCUCCCUUAGCUCCCCUGCCCACCCCAUAGAAUUGAUUAUGGUGGUGGUGGGGGGGGGGUUGAGGGUCAGACCGGAGCCACCCUGUGCUUCCCCACCUCCAACCCCAUUUAACACCAAAUCCUGGUGCCAAUCUGAGCCUGUCACACACUGUCACCCCCCCCCACACACAAUGCGCUGUUACAACCCUGACCCCCCUCCCCCAAUUGCACUGACUACCUCGGGUUGGGGGUCUCUGUCUCCGGAAUGUCCACUGUAUUUUGGGGGGUGAGGGGGGGGUUUCUGAAGCUUUUGGAGGGGGUUGGGGUGGGGGAGGGGGUUGUGGCCCCACUCCUCCCUGGGGGCAUAUUUUUGUAUUGUAUAUGGAAAGUGACUUUAACAUUAAAUAGGGAGAAAUUGGGA